CUGGAGCAGAGGAUAAUCACAUAUGUAGCGUCUCUAGCCUGAGCUGCUGCCGUUAGACCCACAAGGCAGAGAAGGCAACAUCGGAGGUAUGCCCUUUGUGACACGGAGCUGGGACCAGUCCACAGACGCAACGCCGUUUCACAAUUCAGAUGCCUCGAGGGGGAGAAAAAUUACAAACGGAAGCAAGAGAAAUGCCACCAGCCACCAGUGAUAAGAAUCCGUCUUCAUGAAGGAAUAAAACACCAAAACUGAUUUCAUUGCAGAUAAUUUACAUUGAAGAGGAAAAUGUUACAAGUCAAAGAAUGAAGCAGGAACACUGCUACUGUGACAGAUAUCUCAUACAUCUAAUGAAAGGGAUCCAGGCGAUGCUGCUCUCUUAAAAAAAAACCUGAUACAUUGAUCAGUCUUCGAGCCAUAAACCAUGGCGGAUCUGAGAGAGGAUGAACAGGAUCAGGAAAUGCUGGAAAACUCUUCCAAGCCUUCGGUCGCAUCCAAAGCAGAAGAAACUAUCCAGAAACAAAGCACAAAACCUAUUGCUUCCCACGGCAAAGAUAUCGUCAUCCAUUUAACAUCACCAGCGAAUAAUGAGGACUGGGCGAACUUAGAGGAACGAGAACCAACCUCUUCAGUAAGGAGAGAGUAUGUUGGAGGAACCUCAUCGGUGGACCAUAAGGAAGUUCACUUUCUGGAAGAGUGCCCAAGCCUACCGUUGCCAACCUCAUCUCUGCCUUCGUCUCCCUCUGUUUCUGGAUUCUUUGGGGAAUUAUUUUUCCCCUCGGUUUCAUCCCCUGUGUCCUCUUCGCUCAACUCCUCCAGCUCCUCAGAGUCGACUCCUUUCAUCAGCCUGGUCAAAUCCCUGUCAGCAGAGAUGGAAUCCAGGGACGGGUCCUCCUCCUCCUCCUCCUCCCUGAAGCCUCUGCUCAACCUGGUGAAGUCCAUCUCCACCGAGACCUCACGCCACGAGCCGGAGGUAACGCAAUCCAAGUCGGACUCCAAGUUGAACUUGCACCUUUGGCGACAGUUUACACAGCCCAGGGGGAGAGACGGCGACUCCAAGACUGCUCCGCCCUCGCCCAGCGCCGAGUGCAAGGUGAGUUUUUUCAAAGUUCCCGAAGUCGAAGCCAAACUGGAAGACACCAAGAGGAAACUCUCGGAGGCCAUACAAGAGCCCUUGAACAUGCUGAGCAAGAUGAUCGGAGAUGAGAGUGGUGGGAGCCCCAAGUUCAGACCUUCGCAAAGGCAUUCAAACACUGUGGCUGGCCCCGAGUCCCCCUGCGUUGCUGCUUCUGGUUGGGAGCAGCGAUGCAGCAAUGAUGCGGGCAGCAGCAAGAAUGCAAGGACCGGACUGGAGAGGUUCAGGAUGGAGAUGCUCAAAGCGGAAAGGAAGGAGACUGACAGGCAGUCCAACGCUCAGAGUUCACCGGGAGGGUACAGCAAGAAGGGGAAGCAGAAGAAACAAUGUCUGUCCCUCGCUCAAACCAGCGGGGCCGACGACGGGACCACCACCAGGUAUGAGAUCUGCUCCUUUGGAGAUGUGCUCCAGAUUGUGGAGACAAAGUCCAGUGAAGACCACUCACUGUGCGGCCAGGAACCAUCGUCCUCCCUCGCCAGUGCGUCCUUGACUCCAUGCUCUCCUCCCAAAGUGCCAAGUAAAAGGCUGCUGUGUUUUGCCACUCUCGCUUACAGCUACUUUGUCUUCCCUUUGCCAGCGUUCCUCUCGGGCCUCUCCCUCGGCCUUGCCUGUGGCUUUAUGAUUGGACUGCUCAUCAUCUCCCUGCACACACCCAGGCGAUCGCAACCUGCUCUCCGCACCAAUGAACACAUUCAACCAGAUAACAUCAUUAGAGAACCCAGGGACUCUGAAGUUGUGAAGGGCUGGAUGAAUGAGAUCUGCAGCUACGAUCCUGAGACCUACCAUCCUUCCCUGACCUUCUCCGUCUUUGUGACCCUCGAGGGAACUGCGCUGAAGCUCUCCUACCCUAGAAGCAACCUGCCGCGGCGCGCGACCUUUGACGAAGGCAAGCACGAUGUGGUCUUCAUCAGCCAUCGCUCCUGUGAGCUUGCUGAUAGCAAGGUUUUCCUCGUGCCACCUGGCCUUGCAAAGAAGAGAAUAUGGAAUAAGAAGUAUCCCAUCUGUAUUUACCUCUGUGAGUCUGAGGCCAUCAGAUCUAGAUCUUCUGGAGAUAGAAAAACAAAGACGGACACGGACAGCGAAGACGCAGAGAUCGCACCACAAGAUCUCCAGCUGAGAGCGCCCAGAGAAGGCAGAGAAAACGCACUCUUCCUCUUUGGAAGAACAGGCAGGGAAAAAGAAGAAUGGUUUCGAUAUUUCCUUUUGGCUUCUCGAGUCCAAUCAGACGACAGACAGAACCAUAGCAGAGGUCCUGCAUCAAAUCUAGGCUCCAGCCCGUCUGGGCGAUGGGCCUGCAGUGACAGCAGCAGUAACAGUGACAGCACUGAAGACCUCCCCUCCCUCUUUAAAACCAAGGAGUUGGCUGGGAACAUCAAACAGAAGAUCCUUCUGGACUACAGCAGAUACAUGUCCAAGUUGAUUACUUCAGACAGCUGCAGCCCUUUGUUGAGCCCCAACCACAGCACGGCCAGCAGUCCCACCGACAACCAGAUGCCAAGCAGCGGAGAGCCCCAUGUGUCCUGGAUAAAUGCACUGAUUGGGCGGAUCUUCUGGGACAUUUUGCGGGAAAAGUACUGGGCUGAUCUCGUGGCUAACAAAAUUCAGAAGAAAUUAAGUAAAAUCAGGUUGCCCUACUUCAUGAACGAGCUCGCUCUCACUGAGUUGGACUUGGGGGCUUUGCUACCUACUAUCACCCACACCUCCAGCCCUUUAGUCAAUCCAAGAGGGCUGUGGGUAGAUUUGGAAAUCACCUACAAUGGGGCAUUACAGAUGACACUGGAAACCAAAAUGAAUCUUUACAAGUUGGGCAAAGAAUUUCUCCCAGAAGGGGUGAAUUUAGCUGACACGCCAACAGGGAGAUCAAAGCCGCGGACCCUAGUGCUGACCGACAGCGAUGAAGAGUCUUCAAGUGCUGGUUCUUCGGAUGAAGACGAAGUGUCCACAGCAGAAAUGCAAGGAACCGCAGUUGACAAAUUGGGCUCAGCUGGUGUGGAAGGGUGCAGCGCAGGAUCCAGUACCAGCAGAAAGAUUCUCAGAUUCGUGGACAAGAUCGCCAAAUCAAAAUACUUCCAAAAGGCCACGGAGAAUGAGUUUAUCAAAAAGAAAAUCGAGGAAGUGUCCAACACUCCGUUGCUGCUGACAGUGGAGGUUCAGGAGCUGACUGGAACGCUGGUAGUCAAUAUCCCACCUCCUCCCACUGACCGAAUAUGGUACAGCUUCCGGAUCCCACCCAGACUCGAGUUCAAGGUGCGACCAAAGCUGGGAGAACAUGAAGUGACUUUCACGCACGUGACCGAGUGGAUUGAGAAGAAGUUGCAACAUGAAUUCCAGAAAGUUUUUGUGAUGCCAAACAUGGAUGAUAUCUAUAUUCCUAUCAUGCACUCCAUCCUUGAUAAACCAGGACACUGCAAGCAAUCUCCAUCAGAGGUGACUGAGCGGGCUUCCCCUGACAAUGCAGACAAAUACUGACAACACAUGCUGUAUGUUGGGGAAAGGUGAUCUUUUAUUCCUCUCUGAGGUUUGCCAAAAAGGAUUAUUUUCCCGCUCGCAAAUACUUGACAAAUGGAAAUGGAGGAUCGAAAUGAAUCUUUCAGAACGGACGCUCAGUUGGUGCAUAGUUUGGUACGUCUAACUGCUCCCUCGAUUUUUCUACGUUCUUGACAUUAAAUAAUGAAUCUAAUUUGUUCUUGAAUGACUUGCACUGUACAAAUUCACACUGAAACAUCUCGGUGAAGAUGCAACUGUGGAGGACUUGGCCAAGACAUUGAUUCUAUUUUUUAACCCAACAUCGCACUUAUUCUCCCAGAAAGAGUAUCGGACGGCGAUUAAGAAGUCCCAGUUCUCCGCUUCUUAUUUAUUUGUGGGAUCGUGGCACAAAAUGUGCAAACUUCAAUGAGCUGCCCACAAUAAUCAACUUUGAUAUUUAAUACUAACCAAUGCAAAGGAAGUACAGUUCAUGCACUAUGUGUAAUGCAUGGCUAAUCCAAUACUACACGUGGAGUGCUACUGGCCAAGAUUAAUUGGUACUCUUGCAUGAAUAUAUAUUUAGCAAUUUUGGCUGCAAUCAGAGAUACAGCGUG